AUGGCGCCACCGUAUUUGGAUGCGGCCCCAUUGGGUGUGCCUUCAGCGUCUGCGAUGAUGCCAUCGAUGCAGCCUUUUCCCAAGCCCUCGGGGCACAAGGACGAUCAGGAACUGCAUUCUUUGAGGCACAUGUACAAAGAGAUCAAAAACAAACCAAACCUUCCGGAGGACAUCAAGAAGGUUGUCAUGGCGACAGAGGCAACUGUCAGGAAGGUAGAUGCAAAGACACACAGCCAGCUCGUGUCCCAAUUGAACAACACGAGGAAAAAGCUGUCAGAAAUAGACGAGCAAUGGGAAGCAUACCGUCAACAAUGGGCGGACUACCUGGACAAGGCAACCCAGAUGUGGAUGUCUCACGUCGAGGAGUUCGAGCAAGGGGAGCUUCGCUUUGCAGAACGUCGCGGAGAAGCUUUACGCAACCUGCAGACUACAAGGGAGGCACUUCACGAUGCACAUCAGCGCACCAUGGGCCAGGAUGUGCUCGAGUCCACCGAAAUCGAAACAGCUCAGGAGGCCUUGGAUGCCACCAUGACUGUCGACGAGAACGAUGCUGCAGGUGUGCAAACAAGCUUCGCUCAGAUCAAGGAGAACCUCAACGGUGUCGUGCAACAAGUUCGCAGCACCAUCGAGGAGAAGAUCAAAAAGAGGGAACGCUCCAGGUCACGAGCAAGGACCGGAGAGGGAGCCAUGGAUACCCCAGAAGUCGAGAUUGUGGAACCGGCCGACAAGAAGGUCAGAGAAGAUGAAGACCUUGUUUUCUUCACCUGCCAUCCUGAUCCUCCUCGUGUCAUGGGGGACUAUGAGAUUUAUUUCGAUUUGAUUCUGGUGCAGGGCACGGACUUCCCGGCGAGGGCGGGUCUGAUCACAGUCAUCAGAGCUGAUGACACCGCUGCUGCCAGAGCGGACUAUGCGCUUGCUGCGUCCAUGCCAAGGAGUCAUGCUGCCUCUCAACAUGACGCGCUGCUCCAAGUUCAGCAGGCACAGUUGGACUAUGAGGAAGAGGCCGCCAAUGAGAAUGACUCAAGAAAUCAUUUUGACGACUCGGAGGGAAGCAUGUCGCAUUCUUCCUUUGGAGAUCAGACCCAAGCUGUACAUAUCUACAGGAGUGAUGACCCACGUUUACAUCAAGUUGAUCAUGGAGCUUUCUUCCAAAUCCAACUACCACCUCCCCUACGACCUGAAUGGGACAUCGGACAAGCUGUUCGGGUCAUACAGGAGACGGGCAACAUCCUUGACUUUCCGGAGGCGGCUGUUCUUGCAACUUCAAUUUUAGAUGGCAAUAUUGAUGACAACCGCAGAGAUUUUGGUGGAGGCCCGGUGGAGGGUGCCAGGCUCGUUACCUGCAAAACCAAUGAAGACCAGGACAUUGCUGAGGACAUUGACAUCCCAAUGAUGCUUCCUCCGGGCAAUCGCCUACGUGGUCCUCGCCCACAUCAUAAUGGUGUCUUCGAUUGGCUGGAUGAGCUUGUGCACAUUUUUCGACAGGAAGCUGAGGCAGAGACUGUGGAAGGCAGCCCACUUCUCUAUGUUCAGUCUUGGUUUAUCCACCAUCAACGACUCCGACGCUGUCCACAUCCCAGGGCAGUUCGUUUGGAUGGGGCGAUUAUUGGCUGGAUUGAAGAGCUACGGCAUGCCUGGCACGAUGUUCUGGAUCGCAGUAUCCCUUUUGCAAUCCACAUUGUCAAGCCGCGACCACCGCAGAUGCGAUGGCAGUCUUUCGCGUGUCAUGUCAUUUUGGUACAGGCACCCAGACCACAUUUUGCUGCUGGUGUAGUCACUACCCUCUUUGAAGGACUUGAUAGAGAUGCCAUAUCGCAGGUAGCUGCUUCUGUUCCUGAUCUCAUCAACAAGCCGCAUAUGAUUGAGGAAAUGCAACUUCAGCCACAAUGCGAUGCCAGACGAUGCUCCAUCACCGUGAGUGGCCGCCCGGUCCACCUGAUUGAGCUCUCUGAGCUAUUCAAUGGCUUCAAUGCUUGCAUCAGAGUUGAAACGGCCUCACAGUAUCCUGUGCGACCAGGCCAACCUGCCGCCUCAACGCUCAACCCAUUGGCACCAACCUUCGUUCCUGGUCACAUCCCGAUCGAAGGCAUGAAUGAAUUUGUCCAGGUAUGGAUCGACGAGAUUGUGGGCGACCCUGACCUGGAAUUUCACCUGGUGCGUCCGACGCCACCUUAUCCUCAAGAACAAGUAGCAGGCCACAUCAUUGUCAUUCAGCACGCUGAUGAAGAGCACGUGACCAGCCUUAUCUCAGUGAUUGAUAACACGCGUCGACAUCAACACGGUCGAUGUCAGAGAAUGGCGGUCACCACACAUGAGCACAUCCUUCUGGACACCGUUUUGGAGGUUGUGGGGUAUGCUCAGGCGUGCAUUCCGGAAGACUCGCCGAUGGUCUGCAGAGCAUGGUACUUUGAUGAGCGAUUGCGUCUACAGCAUGCCAUCCCUGGACGCAGUGGAUAUGGCAUCACGGUCAAUGUGCAUCUCCGCACUAGACCUCCAGCUGCAGGGGUGAACUUCAUACAAGUUUCAUCCAUAAUUUCGCCAAACAAGGCUGCCGACACGCAUACUGAUGGUGAGCGCCUAACACAGGGGCAGGUGGCUCACACCCCUGGGCCACCCUCAGUACAGCAGCUCUUGCUUGAGGAUCUCCUGCCACCCACCGGAAGAACGGCUCCCCAUGUGCCUGUUCGACUCAUCAGAGGACAUGACGACAUUGCACCACUGCCUACAUUCAUUGAAGUUGCAGUUCCAGUGACAAAUGAGGCAGUUCAAUGUGAGUUGCGAUGCUUUGGACACAACUGCAAAGCUUGGACCAUUGGAGAGGGCGCAGCUGCGAUUUGCUUCCCUCAUGACUGGCCGCACCAAGCCCAAGAAGAAAGAAUCACCCACUUUGUUUUCAUCAACGUCAUGAGCUCCUUUGACCCACAGUUUUACUUGCACUCUGAUCCCUUGAUGACCAUUGAGGAUCACAUUGGAAUGAUGCGUUUCCUACAUCACUUGGGGCAUGAGAAAGCUGUCAUCACUGACACAAUACGGCACUAUGACAAGCUUAUUGAGAUCCAGUUUCUCGUUUCAGAAGGGAGCAUGGAAAAGUCACCAGCUUUGGCGAAGCGACCAUCCUUUUGGCCCUCACGCCAACCAUCCAUGCCCCAUCGAAAGAUGUAUGAUCCGACCUUCCAGAAACAAGGUCGACCUGAUUGUCUCUUGUCACUUGGUGCCAACAGUGAGCAAUUACAGGCCUUCUUUGAACACUCAUGUCAGUUGGAGCUAUGCACGAUCACGGAGGGUAUAGAACUUCCGGAGACUACCCUGGAGGCUAUCAAACUUUUGCAGCCAUUCGAACCAGGGCGACCACAAUACCUCAACAAGAGUGACUUUACAGUGGUGUUCCAUGAUGACACGCGCCUGCUCACCAAGAUUGACGCCUGCUGGAAACAAUUCUGGGUCUUAGUCUUUCAUGCACCGCAAAGUGGACAACCUCUUCAGCAGAGAGAACAUUGGUGGGAACACACGCAACAGCUGCUGAUUGAUCAUCAAGUACAGGAAGAUGAACUCUAUGUAUGUGCUGAUGCAAAUGCGGCGCCUGGACCUUCUGAUGGCAGACAUAUACUGCAGGAUGGGUUCUCUACGUCGAGUUCCACACCUUUUCUGCGCCACUUCCUGACCAUGUUUGAUUUGUGCCUCCCAGUCACUAGUGCUGUGCAUGUUGGGCCACGUCACACAUGGGAUCAUCCUGACGGCAAAAGCUCUCACCUCAUUGACUUUGUCAUGCUUCCUGCGGGUCAACUCAGUGCAUGUGUCCAUUCACAAUUGCUGGAACACCUGGACUUGGCAAAUCACACAGCUGAUCACACUGCCACGGGUAUUGAGUUGUCAUGGUGGACUACCAAGCGUCGCAACCCUGUCCCCAAGCAGGAAGGACAUUGUAGCUUUGACAGGAAUCAGAUUGACAAGCACAACCUGGGCACCACCUUGAGCAACUUCCAGGUGGCGGCGUGGAACACUGAUGUUGAAACACAGAAUGAUGCUCUGACCACUCACAUUCAUGCAACCUUGCAAAAGCACUGCAAAAAAGAUCGCAAGCAACCUAAGAAAGAGUAUGUCUCCAAGGUGGCAUGGGAACUCAGAAGACAAAAGCUCUUUCAUCGCAAACAGCUGAAAACAACCAGGGCUCUUUUGGCGCGUGAAGCGAUAGCGAGAGUCUUCAAGGCAUGGAAAGGAGCAGACCCAUUAGGAGGAGCUCAGUCUUUUGCCUACGGCACGACUCUGCGAUGUUGCCUCUUCAAACACUAUGUGAGUUUUCGUGCCACUUCUUGGGGAUUGAAGAGACACCUUGCGAGCGACAAGGCGAGACAGGUGUCUGAGGUUUUGGGCACCAUUGAUGCAUCGACAGCGGCCUCAGAAAUUCAGCACAAGAUGAAGGGCUUCAUGGGGAGCUCCAACAAACUCCGACAGGGACUUGCCCCACUUCCUGCAGUUCGAAAUGCUGAUGGUGCACCAUGCAAUUCUGCCCCCGAGGCCUUGAACAGGUGGAUCCAGUUUUUCGCAGAGAUGGAAGGAGCAAGGAGAGUCUCACCUCAAGAACUUCACAGAGAUUGGGUGCUAUCAAUAGCAAGUCUCAGUGAUGCUCAAUGCAGUAUGGAGAUCUCGGAGAUUCCGAGUCUUUGUCAACUGGAGGCUGCGUGUCGCAGGGUCAAGGCUGGAAAGGCAGAUGGCCCCGACCGAGUGCCCUCUGAACUCUGCAAGUAUUACCCCAAAGAGGUUGCCAAGAUGCUAUACGGGCUAUUGCUGAAGUUGGUUACCCAUGGCCAUGAACCACUCCUUCAUAAAGGUGGACUUGUCAUGCCAAUUUGGAAGGGAAAGUUGGCCAAAGACACCUGUGAAGCAUUCAGGUCGAUCCUUCUUUCUUCCAACCUUGGUAAAGUGAUCCAUCGUACGCUCAGAGUCCAUCAAAGAAGCUUUUAUGAAGCCUUCCUUCAUGCCCAACAACUGGGAGGCCGCCAAAAGGUACCUGUGACCUUGGGAGCCCAUUUGACCAGAGCGUUUCUACGAUGGCAUCGCGAUCAAGGCCAUCCAACGGCAGUUUUGUUCGUGGACUUACAGGAAGCCUUCUACCGAGUUCUUCGCCAGCUGGCGAUGCCCGGAGAUUUUAGCGAUCAAGAACUGGCACAGCUGGCGAUUCGACUUGGCCUUGAUAAAGAUGUUUUACACGACCUCUGGAAUCACCUCCAGAUACGGUUGAAAUCCAAGGGAGGUGAGGGUGCACACCUUUGUCGUACUCAUGGUAAGAUCAAUCCCAUUCGCUACUACAUCUCAGGCACGCAGUGCUCGGCAUGCCUCCGGGAAUAUCACACAGUGGCGCAAGUCCAGUCGCACCUUCUUCGGAGCAGCGCUUGCCGGGCUUAUCUGCUUCAUCAUCGCCUUCGAGGACCGGCCCUUCCGGGCAUUGGUUCCAAGGAAGACGCGGAACGGCAGCUCAGACAUGAUGGCAGGCUGCCACCCUUACAAGCAUGCGGCCCGCUCAAGCCUGGUCGAGGAGGACAAGAUCUUUCACAGAUUGACUGGGACUUACAUGACGCGCUUGCACUUGCGAUCCUGGAUGAACAGCAGCAAUUAGUGGAUGAGAAUCUCCUCGAAAGGAUGAAGCAAAUCAUUCUGCAGCAAGAGAUUGCUUGGACGCACUGCAAAGCGACCCUAUGGGAACUCAUGCAGACCGUUCAGGAGGAGCAACAGGGAUGGGAGCUCCUGUCCAAAGAGAAGGUUGUGCAAAUCAUCCUUACGUUGACACAGGUUGAGACAUGGCCAUUUCUUGCAUUAUCCAGAGAGGCAAAGGCUUCUGCCUCUCCGGUUUUGGAAGAUCUAGAAAGAGAUUGCCAGGUCGAUCCGCUUUGCAGGCCUCAGGCGUCCGAGAUCAAUAUCCAUCGUCCUUGCGGGAGACACCAGAUCGUGCUGCACGCCUUCAGUGGGCGACGCAGGAAGGGAGACCUGCAAUUCUAUAUGGAACAGCUCUAUAACAGGUUUGCUGAGGGCGUCCACCUCACGGUUGUCUCCCUUGACAUCAUCAUGGACCGCAUCAUGGGGGACGUCACGGUUGAGGCGACGCAGCAGUUUUGGUUUGAGCAUGCAUCUUCGGGCGAGGUUGCAGCAUUUCUUUGUGGGCCCCCAUGUGAAACUUGGAGCAGAGCGCGCUUUGCGAACAAGACCGCGCAAGGAAGGGGACCGAGACCAGUUCGCUCUGCGGAGGAGCUAUGGGGCCUCGGGUCAUUGAGUUUGCGCGAGGUGGAGCAAGUGAGUGUGGGCAACCACUUACUAUGCUUCUCACUGGAAAUGCUCUUUCGCUUGGCGAUCGUCGGUGGGUUUGGAGUCCUCGAGCAUCCUGAGAUGCCGGAUGAGGAGGUGAUGCCAUCGAUAUGGCGAUUGGGAGUCAUGCAAUGGCUUUUGCAAAUGCCGGGUGUGCAAUCAUUUGGAUUUUGCCAGGGCUUGCUUGGAGCUCCCACACCCAAACCAACCAGGUUGCUUGUCCUCAACAUGCCGGAGCUCAUGCGCGAACUACGCAAGCAUCAUUUGUGCACAGACUUGCCACGCCGUGUGGCGAUCGGUAAAGAUGAUGAUGGAUGCUGGCGUACAGGGGUGCUCAAAGAGUAUCCACCAGCAAUGAGUAGAGCUCUUGCUGUACAAUUUUGCAGAUCGCUUGAGGCCUGUCACUUCGAUGCAUCGGUUCAGCUCAGCGAUCCUUUUGUGCAGAAAUGCAUGGCUAUGGAUUCAAAGGAAUAUAGCCACACCAUCGGCUUCAAGAAGACCCUGCCAUUGUGGAUUUUGUGCAACGACUUCACAACGAUCUUUCUGAUUUUCAUCAACAUUUUCUCCUUACUGCAGCUGAAGCAAGCAAUGGCCAUGACCUUUUGUGCGAGCGUGCCGCUGUUCGGGAUGACACUGCGCUAUGUGAUGGACACGGGCGGGCAGCACAGCACCACGCGCGACACGGCACUGAUUUUCUUCAUGGUCUCCGGGGCGAUUUUAUCUGCCCCGGUGCAGAUGCAACCUCUGGGCAUGCUGGGGAAGGCAGUCAUUUUGGAGAUAGUCCCAGAACCCUCCUUGUACUUUCGCUUGCAGCUGGCAACAACCCCGUUGACGGCAAUUCUUCAGUGGUGGCUGAAGCCACCAAUGGAUUCGAUGGACAUGGAUUUCAUGUGCUUGAUGUUCAAUGAAUGCAUUGGAGUGUUGGGUCUUUUUCUGGCACACAGCAGAAACGAAUGGACGCUCUCCAAGCAGGUGAUAGCCACGAUGUUUGCAGAAGAGAGUGCUGCAGAAGCCAAAAGCUUUUGCGAGGCGGUUCGGCAACUGCUGAGUGUUACAUGCGAUGCUUGCUCAGCUUUGUCCUAUGAUCUUCAGGUUUCUCAGCCUUCAGUGAGUUUGCUCGAUUUGCUCAAGGUGGAACCAGCCGACAUUUUGCAGAAGCCCUUCAGUGAAUUUGUGACGCCAGAGGAUCAGGAGCACUUUCAGUCCAUCGUGAGUUUCUCCAGCAAAACGCCCAGCAGUGGUGUGGUACACCUGCUAGAUGGCAAGCAAGACAGUUUUCCAGCGAAGGUGUUCUUGGUGCAGCUCAGCGGUCGAGCGGGUUAUUUCCUUGGAAUCUCCAAGGAGGGAUCCGAGCCUCCUGAUGGUGGCACCGACAUGCAGGUUUUGCUGGGCAAUAUUGGCGGCAAAUUUCUGGAGCCCACCGACCACCCGGAUGGGGAGAGCGUCGGGGCCUCGAAUGAGAUCCUCUACUACGAGCCGGCGAAGAUGGCGGUGCCCCAAGGGCAGGAGAUGGAAGAAGUGACCAAGAUUAGUCUUGUAAUCGAUGCCUUUUCGGAGGAUCUCGGAUACAUCAUCAAGUCAGUAACCUUUGACUUUGCGGAUCUGCCCGUGGAGAAGCAGAAGCGCUUGCCCAACCUCUUGGAGUGGCUGGACCCGAGAUGGCGGAUGGCCAUGGCCAAAUGGAUCGAAGAAGAAGUGAACUCAUCCUUCCACGGAACUCAUCCGAGGGCCUUGACACUUGGCCGGAAAGAGGUGGAAUUCGUGUCCCCGGGGGCCAGUGGACAGUCCAUGAGCGGCACUUUUCGGUUGACCUGUGAGCAUCUGAAUGAAGAUUGCUCUGGGAUGUGUGCACAGAUUGAAAUCCAAAAUCUACGAUGCUGA